AUGUCCAAACACUCACGACCUCAGGAUAGCUCCAUCUUAGGAGAGUCAUGGGUUAUCGCGUCGGCACAGCUUGCGGAGGGGCCUUCAGCCAGCAACAACAAAAAGACAAACAACAACCAUCAGACUGAGGCCUCCGAUACAACACCGCGCCCGACCAAGAGCCACCAUGAGAAUCUGGCGGAAUCGAUAUCCACCUCGUGCGAAUCCAUAUCGGGACCAGAUCUUAUCAUGCCGUCAAUAUACGAAACUCCCAUCUGCGAGGGGUCCUGGAUCGCACCGACUGCAUCUCCUCAACGCGCUCUCCGACGCAGACACCAAGCCUCGUCCCCAUCACCGACCAGAAACUCGACGCAGCGUUCUUCAGCCAAAGUGACGGAAAGCGCGCCGCCCACAGUCGCACAGCAUCAAACCAUCAAUCGUCGCCCUUCCUUCACCCUCCCCAGCCGCGGGUUCAUUCUACGCAUAUUGCUGAACGUGCUCCUCAUCGCGGGCAUCAGCCACCUGCUCAUCCUCCCCGAAAUCAUCCAACAACACCAAUCCCUCUGCUCUCUCCCGGCCCUGGCAACCCUCUACCCAACCAGCUGUAUCCCUCUUUACCUCAAGCCAAACCACAUCAACAACAACAGGCCAGCCUCGAUAUCAACCCAGACCCCGCUCGAGACCCUCCUCAACAACACCCUCCGAACCAUGGCCCCGCACAGCACGACCCUCAAACACACCGAAUCCAAACUACGCGACAUCCACCAACUCCUCAAGAAACAGUACCCGGGAAGCAAGCACGAGCUGGACCUAGAAUUCUCCGGCUGCCUCGAAGCCACCCGCACGGCCACCCGGCGGUUCGACUCAUUGCACGCCGACCUCCGAUCGGCAGUGGACAGCCUGAUCGCCGCGCGGGGCAGCGGUAGCGGUAGCGGUCGCGGCUCGGCGGCGCCGGCGGCGGCGACGACCGCCAACACCUCACCGGACGCGCGUCUCUCCACCACGCAACUCACGCGCCGGGAACAAUACGUCGAUCAACUGACGUCGCGCAUGCAAACUAAGGCCGACUCGUUGCUGGGGGACUUCGCCACCCUAGACGAUCACUUGGAGUCCAUUGCCGGUGUCGUCAAGCGGGAGACCAAUCGACUGGCCCGAAGGGGAAAUGAUGAUCACCAUCUCCAGGGUCCAGGGUCGUCCUCGUCUUCGGGGCUCAAAGGCAUGGUCGGCACAUUGUUCGGGGGUGGUAGUGCGCGGUCGCAACCCCACACAAACAACAAGGAUAAUGAGGAUAAUGAUAGCAAUGACCACCACCACGAUGGCGAAGAUCAUCACUCCCCCCAACCGCCCGCAUCAAGCUCCCACCCCCACCAGCAUCACAACUACCCGCAGCUCCCCACCCUCUUCCAAGAGGCAGCGACCCGCCAUCAACCGGUCAUGGACGUGAUCAAGAAGCUAUCGGACGGGUUACAACGCCUCCAAAACAAGAAAGGGGGGAUGUUUCACUCUUGA